UUCAAUAACCAUCACUGGCCACACUACACACUCGUUGCAGAUCCUCCAAAGUCCAAAGGAAUACGAAGUAGGAUAUUAGGGUUUAUCAGAUACCUGGAGUUUCUGUUGUAGAGUAGAGUUUCAUCACGGAAAUUUAGGGUCAGGGUUUCGCUAUCAAAUGGCUCGAAAUGAAGAGAAAGCGCAGUCGAUGCUCAAUAGAUUCAUCACGCUCAAGAACGAAGAAAAGAAGAAGCCCAAAGAGCGCCGCCCCUACCUCGCCUCCGAGUGUCGUGACCUCGCCGAGGCCGACAAAUGGCGCCAACAGAUCAUGCGCGAGAUUGGCCGGAAAGUCGCCGAGAUCCAGAACGAAGGCCUAGGCGAGCACCGCCUCCGAGAUCUCAACGACGAGAUCAACAAACUCAUCCGCGAAAAGUCCCAUUGGGAGCGCCGAAUAAUCGAAUUGGGCGGCCCCAAUUACACGAAACACUCCGCCAAAAUGACUGAUUUGGAAGGCAAUAUUGUCGAUGUUCCUAACCCUAGCGGCCGCGGCCCCGGCUACCGUUACUUCGGUGCGGCGAAGAAACUCCCCGGAGUUCGAGAGUUGUUCGAGAAGCCGCCGGAGUUGAGGAAGAGAAAGUCACGGUACGAUAUAUACAAGCGAAUUGAUGCGAGCUAUUAUGGGUACAGGGAUGAUGAGGAUGGUGUGUUGGAGAAGGUGGAGGGACCGGCGGAGGAGCGGAUGAGGGCAGCCAAGUUGGCAGAGUGGGAGGCAUUGGAGGAGAUAAAGAGGGAGGCGCGGAGGGCGGUGAAGAGCGGUGAGGUGGCGAGUGUGGCACCGGCAGGGAUAUUGUUUGAGGAGGAGGAGGAUGUGGUGGAGGAGGAGAGGCAGGCGGCCAGGGAAAAGGAAAACGAGAAAGAGAGAGAGUUUGUGGUGCACGUACCCCUGCCUGAUGAGAAGGAAAUUGAGAGGAUGGUGGUGGAGAAGAAGAAGAUGGAGCUCUUGAGCAAGUAUACCAGCGAGGGGCUUUUGGAGGAGCAGACCGAGGCUAAAGCUAUGCUUAAUAUUCAGCGAUAAUGAUAAUAGGGAGAGAGUAGAGCAAAUCUGGAACUGGUGGUUGCUGGGGAAAGUCUAUAUGCAGCGUUACUUUGCCAUCAAUUUGACCUGCUUCCACCUAUUACUUUGUUGCUUCUAAUAGAUCUAUUGGUUGCACUCAUAGGCAGCUAGUGCAGUCUGGUUAUUGCAUUCUGAGGUCAUGUUGGGCAUCUUCGAUAUACUCUGUUUGAGUUACAUGUUAUUAUUUGCAGAGUUAGGUUCAUCCGUAUCUUAGAUGAACACAUGAAAGAAAAAAAAAAUGACAUAGAAGGGUUAACAUUUAAUUGGAAAACUUGAGCUGCCAUAGACAACAAGCUGAUUGCAGACCUAUGGAAGAGAUAUAUCAUGCUCAAUGUGGGUGGAAAGAAAGGAAAAAAAAAAGAUAUACUGUAGGAUUCAUAUCUCUAUCUCCUUCAUGCAGAAUUCUGACUACAGUUUCAUUUAUUGUCCCUAAUUCAUCUGUAUUCUAGCUGAAUUAAUUAGUUGGGUUUCAUUGUUCAUGUUUGUUCUAUCAUAAUUGAUGUUGGAAUGCCCUUUUUCUAGUCA